GUAGUGGUAAGCAAUAUUAAAAAAAUCCGUAACAAAUAUAUAAAAGGAUCAGACGAUUCAGUGAAUCAUUUACAGUAGUCUUCACGAUACGAUAAGAUCACGAUUAGUGAAUCUUCGAUCCACCAAGCGAAAAUGAAAGCGACAUUUGCAGUUGCUGCUGUCACGGUUUUCGUGGGCUUCGUUUCUAUUACCGAAGCACUUCGUGUAAAAUGUCCCCCACGGAACGGUGUCUUAGUCACAUUGCUCCCACAUUCGAAAAACUGCUCAAACUUCAUCAUGUGCAACGAUGGCAUACCAUAUUUGAUGCACUGCCAGCAAGGACUUCAUUUCAAUCCCGUGGAGAAAGUAUGCGAUUGGCCCAGUCAUGCAAAAUGUCGUGCGAAUACGACUAAACCUAGCACGACGGAAGCUGUUAAUGCGACAGAAGAAACUACGACAGAAAUCGUCACUCCUACUACUCCAGACGUGCCAGAAACGACCACUACUGAACAGAGAACUACUGAAGGGACUACUGUUCGACCGACCGAGGCUCCAGAGACCACUACUGAAAAAGAGGCCACUGAACCAACGACCGAUGCUACACCGACCACUACUGAAGAGGAUGACUGGUGGUGGUGGGGCAACCUUAUGAAUCGUCGUAAUUAAUUCUAAGUAAUUAUGUACGCCUAAAUAUAUUAAAUCCAUUGCAAUUAUAAAAAGUUACACGUUGCGUUAAAUGUUUCUAUAUCCCCAUCACGCUAACAUUGAUCGAACUGCACAAUCUUCGGGAAACAUAUCGUGCGUGCAAAUGCUUUAUUUAUUUUUCAUCACCCGUAACGAAAGAAAGAAGUCAUCGCGUAGAACCAGCGUUUGAUUUUUGAAAGAGAUUCAACAAAAUUGCAUGGAACUCAAAAACCACUAUGCAGGCGAGAGAAAUAAUUGUAUGAAACAUUUAAAAAUUUACAUUAUAAUAAUAAAGUAGUUUGAAUUAA